AGCGUCAAGCUCUGAACAACAUAAAAAAAAUUGUGGUCAAAAGUGGAUACCACAGUGAUGAGAUAUCGAAAACAGAUGAUGAACUUGCCGAUAAUGAAAGAAGAAAAAAGAUUCAAUAUUCUCUUGAUGAUGACCGCAAUAAUCAUGUGAAUCACUGGGAAACUGAUAUCGAUGAUAACUCAACACUACUAGCUGGGGCUCCUAGCUGGUAUAUUUCACAGAACUAUGUUCCUGCUGUUUCACUUGGUCCCAUUAUAAAUUCUCCUGGUGCUGGUGAUGAUUCUGAUAAUUAUUUAGAGUCUGGUGCUGUUGCCUCUGAUACACAUUUUGUAUCUG